AUGGAUCAAAACGAUGCAGUCCUCUGCAGAUAUUUUCCUUCAAGCCUAAAUGGAUUAGCACUAUCUUGGUUCGACAACCUACUACCAAACUCCAUCGAUUCCUACAACCAUCUCACUGAGAAAUUCUUAGGGACAUACAUGUACAACAAGGCUGUCAACGCUAGAAUGGACAAGCUCUUCUCAUUAGCUAUAGCUUACAAGGAAACGAUCAGUGAAUAUACCGACGGAUGGCACAAAAUUUUUCAAGUUAUACGGAACAUAGACCCAGUGGUCAACAUCAACUGUUACAAAUGGGGAUUAGACAGAAUGGGCCCCCUAUUUGUGGAGAUUCACGGAAGUGUACCUACGAUCGAAGGAGACCUUCGAGUAAUCAUUGAAAAGAACGCAAUCCAGCGGGAGAAUCCCAGAGCCAAAACUCAAAAAUCUCAUCGGACGAACUCAAUAGAGCAAGCUAGCGUAUCAAAGAGGGGCGGUUCAACUGAACGUCUUAACGAAGAUAAGAGAGAAAGAAUGGAUGAUCAUCGGCGCGACGACCGAAAAUUCGAAGACCAAGUCUUUAUGAAGCUCAACACCAACUACACUCGCAUCCUAAAGGAGAUUAAGGAUCAAGAGAACUUAGAGUGGCCUUGGUCCAAAGGGAAGCAGCCACAACGAUCCGAGAAAUCGAGAGACUACUGUGAGUACCAUUGCUUCAAUGGGCAUCAGACUGAAAAAGCAAGAACCUCAAGAUAA